AACAGAAACCGGGUGUGCAGCAGUAGGUCGGUAGGCUACACCGGCAGAAGCCCGCAGAGGGAGGAAGACAUCACCUAACGGCUUUUUUCCUCUGACCAGUAAAGAGCCGGCAGAGAGAGGAACAGCGUAGAAAGCGAGCCGGGGCGGAGAGGAUAAUUGCGUUUCUGGCUGCCCUGUGGGAACAUGGGAUAUAUGACCUCAUCAUUCACCUGUGAGGCUCUCCAGUAAACAACUCCAGAUAGAAGGAUGACCGAAGCAGCCGUAGAGAGUACAGAUGCCCUCUUAAAGCCCUGUGAAGUGACAUCAUGUGAUGUCAUCACCUGCUCCUCCCCUCCGCCAUGUCCAUCCCUGUGCAAUCAGAAGGAGGGCGAGGAGGGUCACAAUGACAGUAAGAGGCUGGAGCAGCAGAAACACUGUAACCAGGUGCAACCAAAGAAAAAAGUUAAGGCCAAAGGAAAGUUAGUACGGAGCAUGGCUGUCUGCGAGGAGUCCUCGCCAUUUGAAGAAACCCAGGCAUCCCCAGAUGCAAACAUCUCAUCUAGCUGCCAUGACAACGAGAGAACUUCCUCAAAGGACGAAGAGCAGGAGAAGAGCACAGAUCCAAAGAAACAUUCACUGUCCAAAGAGUCCAGCGUGGAGUACACUGACUCCACCGGCAUAGACCUGCACAAGUUCAUCAUUGAAACCCUCAACAGCAACCCCAGAGACCGCAUGAUGCUGCUUAAACUGGAGCAGGACAUGAUCGACUUCAUCACCAGCAAUAGUCCCUUUAAGAAGUUCCCUCAUAUGUCGUCCUACCACCGUAUGCUGGUCCAUCGGGUGGCGGCCUACUUUGGCAUGGAGCACAAUGUAGACCAGACAGGCAAGUCUGUCAUCAUCAACAGGACCAGCAGCACACGCAUACCAGAGCAGCGUUUCCUGGAUGAGGUGCGUGAGGACAAGACGGAAGAGUUCCACCAGUGGAAAAUUAUUUUGAAGAGAGACAACAGCUCAGAUGACCAGAUCCGACAUCACCCCUUACGAGAGAAGCAAAGCAAGUCAGUGGAGGAGAGAGAGGAGGAGUACCAACGAGCACGAGACCGAAUCUUCAACCAAGAGCCACUCUGCACCCAAGAGAGUGCCCAUGCAGAAACCAGGGCUGUGGAGGAAUACAAUCCAUAUGCUGAGACCCAGAGGAGAAGGCAGCUUUUCAGGGGGAGCCGUGACAGCUCAGGCUCCAGCUGGACAGGCAGCAGCAGGCAGAGUAGCACCGAGACCGACUGUCGCUAUAACAACGACCCCCAACCUUGGAGCAGCACAGACUCCGAUUCCUCGUACCACUGGACAAGUCCUGCUACGAAACCCCGCCAACCGUCCAACCACAGCUGGGACGCACGUGGUUUAGGCUCCAUCUCUCUCUUCAGACUGCCAUCCACCUGUCCCCACCCCUCCUCUCCUCCCAUCAUAGAUGAGCCGGCUCCUAACUCUGCCUACGUCAUGGAGAACGGAAUCCCGCCAGGAAGCAUAUUAGUGAAUCCACAGACUGGGCAGCCUUUCCUGAACCCUGAUGGAACCCCUGCUGUGUACAACCCUCCAGACACUCAGCAGCCAAUCAGGAGCCAGACUCAGCUGCAGGUCUCUGCCCCUCAGCACCAACAACAGCAGCAGGUGGUUCAGUACUCAUCUGUCUCUUACACAGCUCCACAGAUGUUGCCUGUCACUCCCUCACAGCCAUACUCCACAAUUGAAGAGCUCUCCUCGCAGUUCGCUCACGUGAGCUGUCAGUCGACUGGAGAAGCCCAACCCCUCUAUCCUCCCGGUCAGGGUUACAUCUAUACAGCUCCUCCCCCUCCUCCUCCCCCUCCCAACCCCCACAGCUACUGUCAGCCUUCACCUCAGGUUACGCCCCUGCUGUGGGGGUGCAGCAGCAGUCUUCACACGCCCAGGCCCAGGCUGUGCUGGGGACCUACUCACCAAUGGCCUCCCAUCAGUGUAGCAUGGUUCAGGGAGGUGUUUCAGUGUCCUAUCCCCAAAGUAAAGUUGUGGCUGCGGUUGGUGGGGAGGCGGGUUACUGCUGCAUGGUGCCCCCACCCUCCCACCACGGCAGCUGCCAUCCUCCCAGCUGCAGCAACCUCAGUGCCCCGGCCUGGAGCGCACAGUACUGAUGAUGCCUCAAUGGAUGGAGUGAUGAUACUUCAGUUCCUGCGUGAACUCGCGUACACACACACACAUAUAUUUAACACAAACACCUUUUUUCACACUCCCUCACCCACAUCCGCCUACUUCCUGAUGAUGCCUACAGGGUGCGUCGUUCACACUCUUCAAUCAUGUGCACACACCCACACACACCAUACACCCAGUGACAUACAUAAAUGUACCACUGUACCAAAGCUUAAUAGUAUAUAUCAGAGCUGCUGUAUUGAAUGCAUAAUUUAUAUACACAAAUGGAGUUUUAUAUUGAUAUUAAAUUAUAUAUUGUGUUUUAAGGAAAUGCACUGUGUGAAUAGAAUAAAGUGCUGUGGCAGGAUUGACGAUGUCACAUUUCUAUAUCAACCUGGCUCUUUGUUUCCUCUAAUGUUGUUGAUGAUGCUAAUGUAAGUGGAUGCAGGCGUGAGAUGCGUACAAUGGGAAAUAAAGU